AAGCUCCGUGGCCUGGGUGGGGCCUGACCAACCUGCUGGUGCCGGCGGCGAAUGGGGGCGGUUCUAAGGGAAAGGCCGAGCAUACCGAACUUAAUAGCCUCUUACUGCAUAGUACAUGGCGAAGGGAAGUCAUUCCUCGAGCUGGUGCCCUGCUAGGUUGGAGAGGCCCUACCCUCAAACAAGUGUUCUUAUAUCAACUGAAUUGUCGCGAUCCUAGUCUCGGGGGCUUUUUGAGACUUCGAAAGAGCCAGUCUAGAUCUCAUGGCGGAGCCGGUCCGCUUGGGCCGGAAGCGUCCGCUGCCUGUUUGCCCCAACCCGCUCUUCCUUCGUUGGCUGACCGAGUGGCGUGACGAGGCAGCCAGCAGAGGGCGCCACACGCGCUUCGUGUUUCAAAAGGCACUGCGCUCUCUCCAACGGUACCCGCUGCCGUUGCGCAGCGGAAAGGAAGCCAAGAUACUCCAGCACUUCGGAGACAGGCUCUGCCGCAUGCUGGACGAAAAGCUGAAGCAGCACCUAGCAUCGGGCGGUGACCAUGCCCCCAGUUCACCAUCUGGAAAGAAGAGAGCCAGUAAAGGGCUGCCUGAUGGAAUCCAGGACUCUUCCAUGCCGGUUCCCACCCAGCCUCAAGCAGGAAGCACCAGCGCUGGCUAUUGGCCAGCUCAGAACUCAGGUGCUCGAGAGAUCCUGCUGCAACUCUACAGGGAGCACCUGGAUUCUGAUGGCCACGGCUUCUUAACCAAAGAGGAGCUGCAGCAGAAGUGUGCGCAGAAGAGCCCCAGGGUAGUGCCUGGAAGUUCGAGACCCUGGCCUGCCCUCCGAGGCCUCCUCCAUAGGAACCUGGUCCUCAGAACGCAUCGGCCAGCCAGGUAUGCACUCACACUGGAGGGUCUGGAGCUGGCCCGGAAGCUGGCUGAGGCAGAAGGCCUGAGCACUGUGCACACUGGCUUUAGACCAGAGGAGCAUCAAGGAGAGGACUCAGCAGUUUCGGGAGCCACCUUGUCAGAACCUGGUACCACCGAGGGGGGUGUCCAGCAGAGAGCUCUGGAGCUAAGGCCUGGCGAGUACAGAGUGCUGUUGUGUGUGGACAUUGGCGAAACCAGAGGGGCAGGACACAGACCAGAAAUGCUCCGAGAGUUACAGAGGCUGCGUGUGCCCCACACAGUACGCAAGCUACACGUUGGGGACUUUGUGUGGGUGGCACAGGAGACCAGGCCCAGAGACCCAGAAAGACCUGGGGAGCUGGUCCUGGACCACAUUGUGGAACGGAAGCGGCUGGAUGACCUAUGCAGCAGCAUCAUUGAUGGCCGCUUUCGGGAGCAGAAGUUCCGCCUGAAGCGCUGUGGCCUGGGGCACCGGGUAUACUUAGUGGAGGAACAUGGGUCUGUCCACAACCUUAGCCUUCCUGAGAGCACCUUGCUGCAGGCUGUCACAAACACCCAGGUCAUUGAUGACUUUUUUGUGAAGCGAACCAUGGAUAUUAAGGAGUCGGCGGGCUACCUGGCGCUUUUGACAAAGGGCCUGGAAAGACUGUACCAGGGCCACACCCUACACAGCCGCCCUUGGGGAAUCCCAGGGGAUGCUGAAUCAGAAGCAAAGCCUUCCACAAACCCUCUCUGCUCACUCCUCACCUUCAGUGACUUCAAUGCAGAAGCUGUCAAGAACAAGGCCCAGUCUGUGCGAGAAGUAUUUGCCCGGCAGCUGAUGCAGGUGCGUGGACUGAGUGGGGAGAAGGCAGCAGCCGUGGUGGAUCGAUACAGCACCCCUGCCAGUCUCCUGGCUGCUUAUGAUGCCUGUGCCACCACGAAGGAGCAGGAGAUGCUUUUGAGCACCAUCAAGUGUGGGCGUCUGCAGAGGAAUCUGGGCCCUGCUCUGAGCAGGACCCUGUACCAGCUGUACUGCAGCCACAGCCCUCUGAGCUGAGCUAUCCCAGGAGACGCUCGCUGCCCAGCACCCAUCUUCAUCUCUACCAAGGCUGGCUAGCCUUUUAACCGAGAUCCCCUGGGCUUUAAUAAAAACCUAGAUGUAUGUAGU